AUGAACACCAAGUUUAUCGCAGCAUACGAGCCUCAGGGCACCACGCCUGACUUGAGACUGGUAAAUGGCUCUGUGCGGGCGGCCCGAUCCAGUGAACUGCUUAUUCGAGUUGUCGCUACUGGCAUUUGUCACACUGACCUGAUAUUUGCCACUUGGCCUGCCAAUCAAAUCCCAUAUCCUAAAGUACUGGGACACGAAGGUGCUGGUGUUGUAGUGGAAGCUGGGCCUGGGGUAACCAAAGCUCGCCCAGGUGACUUUGUUCUUCUUUCCUUUCACAGCUGUCAAAAUUGCCAUGACUGCAAAGAAGACCAUCCCUCCUUUUGCAGCAAGUUCGUCGAGAUCAAUUACGGUGGCGAGGAUGCAACAUAUACAGCAGAGGGCAACGACCUGCGUGGCAACUUUUUCGGGCAAUCGUCGUUUGCUGAACUGGCAGUUGUAAAGGAAACAUCUGUUGUGAAUGUUACCAACAUCAUCAAGACUGAGGAGGAGUUGAAGUUGUUCGCGCCAAUGGGUUGUGGAUUUCAGACUGGUGCGGCGACGGUCGAAAAUGUUGCCAGAGCAAAUGAGAAAGACAGAGUCGCAGUUAUAGGCCUUGGUGGUGUCGGAUUGGUCUCCAUAAUGACAGCAAAGAUGCAGGCCUGCGAGACCAUCAUCGGCAUUGAUCGUGUACCAGAAAGACUGGAUUUAGCCAAAGCUCUUGGAGCGACUCAUGUGAUCAACACAUCCGAUGAGAACAUUGACAUGCAAGAAGAAAUAAAAAAGGUCACUGAUGGGAGAGGCUCUAGCAUAACGAUUGACACGACAGGGAACAUGGGUCUCAUCAAGGCAGGUCUAGAGGCUACUUCAAACAGAGGUCAACUGAUAUUUAUUGGAGUACCACCACUAGAUGCCAUGAUGGAUCUUCAUCUGGUCACAUUUAUGCAGACCGGGAAAGUCAUUCGAGGAACCAUUGAAGGUGAUGCCAUCCCUGAUGAGUAUCUACCCCGAAUGGUACAGUGGUAUCGGGAAGGCAAGCUACCAAUCGAUAAGCUGAUCAGCCUUUACAAGCCAGAAGAUUUUGAGACGGCUUUAAUUGAUAUGAAAAACGGGAAAACAGUGAAGCCAGUUAUUGUCUGGUAG